ACAGUUCAGCAACUGGAAUAAUAAAGAUAUAUAAAUAUAAAGAGUGUGUGCUGGUAGUAAAGAGAAAGUGCACAAAAGAAGAGCACUGCCUAAAGUGCCUAAAUUGUACUGCCUAAAUUGAAUUUAGCUUUAUCUGGCAUUUGUUGAGCUCCUAUAAUAGUACAUAGCCUAGGAAUUAUUGUUUUCGCCGUGCUCUGUAAAUAAAGAACCAGAAACUGAUUUACCAAAAAUCACUCAUUGUUAGGUAACAGACUUGAUGUUUGCUGCAAAUUCUGAAUUAAAGGAAUUAAUGAAGUCUGAGUUAAUGAAAUUUUCUAUUAUAUAUUAUCUGUGAUAAGUGUGCAGAAUUUUGUGCUUAAAACUUAUGUAUAUGUACUAUUUUCCAAUAGUACUGUUGCAACUUUUGAAAUUUUUUUACUGUUGAAGUUUUUUGUUGAUACAUUCUAAUCACAUAAUUUGCAUUUUUAAUAUCUUUAAAGGUUCCAAAUAAGAAAGUAUGACUUUAGAUACUUAGCCCAUAUGAUCAACAAUAUGUUAAGGAUACCUGUAAGAAGGGUCUUAAUAGGCAUUUCUAAUUCUCCUAAAGGAUGUGUUCGAACAGCUGCCACAGCAGCAAGCAACUUGAUUGAAGUAUUUGUUGAUGGUCAAUCUGUAAUGGUGGAACCAGGAACUACUGUUCUCCAGGCUUGUGAGAAGGUUGGCAUGCAGAUCCCUCGAUUCUGUUAUCAUGAAAGGUUGUCUGUUGCUGGAAACUGUAGGAUGUGCCUUGUUGAAAUUGAGAAAGCUCCUAAGGUAUCUAAAAUUCCAUACCUUGCUGUGUUUGCAAGUGAGAUUGCAGGAGUAGAUGAUUUGGGAACAACAGGCAGAGGAAAUGAUAUGCAAGUAGGCACAUACAUUGAGAAGAUGUUCAUGUCUGAACUGUCUGGGAAUAUCAUUGAUAUCUGCCCUGUUGGUGCCCUAACCUCUAAGCCCUAUGCCUUUACUGCCCGGCCUUGGGAAACAAGAAAGACAGAAUCCAUUGAUGUAAUGGAUGCAGUUGGAAGUAAUAUUGUGGUUAGCACGAGAACUGGAGAAGUGAUGAGGAUUUUGCCACGUAUGCAUGAGGAUAUAAAUGAAGAGUGGAUCUCUGAUAAAACCAGAUUUGCCUAUGAUGGGCUAAAACGUCAAAGACUUACUGAGCCAAUGGUCAGAAACGAAAAGGGGCUUUUAACCUAUACCUCCUGGGAGGAUGCACUUUCUCGUGUAGCUGGAAUGUUACAGAGAUUUCAAGGAAAGGAUGUGGCAGCAAUUGCAGGUGGCUUGGUGGAUGCUGAAGCCCUAGUAGCUCUCAAAGAUUUGCUUAAUAGAGUGGACUCUGACACCUUAUGCACUGAAGAGGUCUUCCCCACUGCAGGAGCUGGCACAGAUUUGCGUUCCAAUUAUCUUCUUAAUACUACAAUUGCUGGUGUGGAAGAAGCAGAUGUUGUCCUUCUGGUUGGUACAAAUCCACGUUUUGAGGCACCACUAUUUAAUGCUAGAAUUCGAAAGAGCUGGCUACAUAAUGACUUAAAAGUGGCCCUUAUAGGCAGUCCAGUGGACCUCACUUACAGAUAUGACCACCUGGGAGACUCCCCCACAGUUCUUCAAGACAUUGCUUCGGGUAGCCAUCCAUUCAGCCAGGUUCUACAGGAAGCUAAAAAACCAAUGGUAGUUUUAGGCAGUUCUGCACUUCAAAGAAAUGAUGGAGCAGCAAUUCUUGCAACUGUUUCCAGCAUUGCACAAAAGAUUCGGAUGACUAGUGGUAUUACUGGUGAUUGGAAAGUUAUGAAUAUCCUUCAUAGGAUUGCAAGCCAGGUAGCUGCUUUGGACCUUGGUUAUAAACCUGGGGUGGAAGCUAUUCGGAAGAACCCUCCCAAAGUGCUGUUUCUCCUGGGAGCAGAUGGAGGUUGUAUCACACGACAGGAUUUGCCAAAGGAUUGUUUCAUUAUUUAUCAAGGACAUCAUGGUGAUGUUGGAGCUCCCUUAGCUGAUGUUAUUCUCCCAGGAGCUGCUUACACAGAGAAGUCCGCUACUUAUGUCAAUACUGAGGGCAGAGCUCAGCAGACUAAAGUAGCAGUGACACCUCCUGGCUUGGCAAGAGAAGACUGGAAAAUUAUAAGAGCCCUCUCUGAGAUUGCGGGUAUAACUCUUCCAUAUGAUACUCUGGAUCAAGUGAGAAACAGAUUGGAAGAAGUUUCUCCAAAUCUUGUUCGAUAUGACGAUGUCGAAGGAGCUAAUUACUUCCAGCAAGCAAGUGAGCUCUCCAAGCUAGUGAACCAGCAACUUCUUGCUGACCCACUUGUUCCACCUCAGCUAACUAUAAAAGACUUCUAUAUGACGGAUUCAAUUAGCAGAGCCUCACAGACCAUGGCCAAAUGUGUCAAAGCUGUCACAGAGGGUGCCCAGGCAGUAGAGGAACCGUCCAUAUGCUGAAAUAUCUACUAGGAACUCAGUUUUCCUACAAAUAGUUAAUAGACAGUUAUAUUGGAGUUGAUCCCUUAGAGGUUUGUCUCUUUUAAAAAAAAAUCUGAAUGAUGUAAUAUUUAAGAUUAUACCAUGCUUAUUUGAUAAUGAUAUUGCAGUUAUCAAAGAACUUUGCAGUUUCAAAAACAUUUCUGUAUUGUGUGUAAACAUUGUUAGUUUAAUAAAACUGUAUACAGAUAUUCUUUCAUGUAAAAGCAUUGAUAAUCUUUGUGAUAGAUACAAAGAAAAUCCUUAAAAUAUAAGCUUUUUAUCUAUCUUCAUAGAUCAUUUGUUUGUAAAAUGGAUGAAAUGAAAAGAGCUUCCAUUAAGACCCGCUUUAGUGCUAAGAAAAGAUUUAAACCUUUUUGUGAAGCUGGGUAAAUAGAAAAAGUAUAUAAUGUAAUCAUACAUCAGGUAUGUAUCUUGAACAACUAUAAUUAAUAAUCCUAAUAACCAUAGCUGAUGAUUAUUCAGCUUUUUCUGUGUGGUGAGCAGUCUGGUUUUACAUGCAUUAUCUUUUGUCCUUGCUACAACCCUAUGAGAUAGUAUUAUUACCUCAUUUUACAGAUGAAGAAACUGAAGCCCAGAGAUAUUAAGUAGCUUGCCCAAGGCCACACCACAAGAGUCACAGACUCAAGCUUAGUUCUGUUUUAUUCCAAAGUUCAUUGUUCUUAAUUGCUACACAUACUUCCAUCCCAUUAAUACAGAUUCUAUAGGUUGUUACUAUUAAGAAUUAGUAUUGUGUUGUUUAGUGGAUAAUUGAUUUUUCUGUUUUCUCUUAAAUAUGUUUUUAUAAUGUCAUGGUGAUUUAUGUGACAUUUUUCUUUAUAUAACAGAUUACACACUACACACCCUUGGAAUGAGGGAGGUCUCAGGAGAUGUAAUUUAGAUUCUCAUUGAUGUUCUGUAUUCAUUAUAUUAACACCAUCUGUAGUGUUAAGUCAACUAAAUUAUUCCAGUAACAGAAGACAAAACUAUCACCUUUCAUAAUUUUCAAUUGUCAAAACAAAAAAGGAAGUAAAAAAUUUUCAGGUAACCUAGGAGAUAAUUAAAACUAGAUUAAGUUGUUUUUUUUUUUUUUUUAAACUAUUUAAAAUUCUUUUGUUAUAAUAGGAUGCCAUCUUCCUGAUAUAGCAAAAGAUGAGGUUUUUAGAAUAGUAGUAUGUCUUCAGUACUUUAGCUUUAAAAACUGUACAAAAUCUGUUAUCUGUAACAGCUUUUUCAGAACUUUAUCCUCUUUAGUGCAAUAACACAAAAUUGUAUGCUUUGCUUAAAGUACUUUGCUUAAAAUUCCCAGUUGCCUGAAAUCGUAUAAAUUCUUGCCGAAAAUGAUUGAAUUCAAUGCGUACUUUCUGUCCAUCUCUACAUUCUUCAUCUCUAGUGCUAUGCUGACUUUGAGAGUACAUACUCCCAGUUUUGAAUUUUAUACAGUACUAUUCAGUGAAUGUGUGUAGACUUUAUAGGGUUGUUGGUGACAAUACCGUGUUCAAAUGGAGAAGAGGUGCUAUGUGGCUAAAUUGAUCCUGGAUCCUCUACACAGUAUGUGUUGAACAACUUAUAAUUCUCUAAAGAAACCUUUUCUGGGAUAAGUAGUACUCAAUAAAAUGUGUUGGUUUUUACAUAAA